AUGGCUGCUGAUAUGACAGAUAUUGACAAUAGUAUCUGUAGUCACUGCCUACUGGCUCUUGUUUUCUGCGACUUCUCAACGAAGGAAUUGUAUAUUAUGCAAUUUGGACGGGAACUUCCAAAUAUGAACGCAGCUGGUCAGGGAAGGAGUAUCGUAUCUGAAAGAACCAAUUUGUCUGCAUUUUUGUCUGUAACAUCUGGUAUGGAUCUUGCAAGCAGAAGGUACUUGAUUUAUGCGUCACAACAUGAGUCACAAUCACAGGCACUUUCUCCAAUCACAAGUCCUGAUGGUUCAUUCUUUCACCCUCAUCAGCAUUCUUCUAGCACCAGUUUUCCCAUCAUUGCAAUUGCCAUAAUAGGAAUAAUGGCCACGGCUUUCUUGCUUGUGAGCUACUACAUCUUUGUGAUCAAAUGCUGCCUCAAUUGGCACCGAAUUGAUAUUCUAAGACGUUUCUCUCCAUCUAGAAGGCGUGAAGAUCCAUCACCAAUGUACUCACCAGGCACUGAAGCUCGUGGACUAGAUGAGGCAAUGAUCCGGUUAAUCCCAGUGAUUCAAUACAAGACACAGGGGGAUAGAGGCUUUGGAGAAUGUGCCGUUUGCUUGAAUGAGUUUCAAGAAGAUGAGAAGCUCAGGAUUAUACCAAAUUGCAGCCAUGUGUUUCACAUUGAUUGCAUAGAUGUUUGGCUUCAGAGCAAUGCCAAUUGCCCUCUUUGUAGAACAAGCAUUUCCUUGACAAGCAGAUUCCACAUUGAUCAGCUUCUCACCCAAAGAUCUUCUUCCCCUCAGGAUCAAACCCCACCAAGGGAAAACCUCAUUGGAGGUGAUGAAGAUUUUGUUGUGAUUGAAUUGGGCAAUAAUCAUGAUAGAAGCCAAAAUUUGCAAGAGAGAGGCAAUGGUUUGGAAUUACCAUUACCAGCAUGUCUUGUUACUCCUUCUACACCAGGGAAAUUGGACGGUGGAGAUGUGCAGAAGAAGGCAAUGAAACUUCAUAAAGUGACAAGCAUGGGGGAUGAGUGUAUUGAUAUUAGAGCAAAAGAUGAUCAGUUCUCAGUGCAACCAAUUAGGAGGUCUUUCUCCAUGGACUCAUCAGGGGAUAGACACUUCUAUUUAGCAGUUCAGGAAGCUCUGAGGCUCCAGAACAGGCAAGUCAAUGAAGUCAGCUCCAUUGAAUGUUGCAGUGGUAGUGGUAGUAAUAGAGUCAAGAGGUCAUUCUUUUCCUUUGGACAUGGAAGUAGAUCCAGGAGUUCUGUGCAACCUGUUUCUUUGGACCCCUGA